AUGACAACACGAAAAUUGAAAAUUAAUAGCAAACCAAAAUUACAAAAAAAUAAAAGAAAAAUUAAUAAUGAUAAUAUAAAUAGCAAUAUAAAAAAGAUUAAAAGUAAUGAAUUUGAAAUUCAAAAAACAGAAGAAAAAUACAAAAAAACUUUGACAAAAAAUGACAAAGAAAACCAUAAUAGAAAUAUAAAUGAUAAAUUUGAUAUAAUAAAUAAAAACUCUAUAGAAAAACCUAAUUGGAUGGAAUUUAAGAAACAAAAAAAAGAACUUAAAGAAAAAUAUAAAGCAAAACGUCUCAAUGAUAUUUAUAAUAUAACAAUUACAGCAAAGCAAUUUAGUGAAAAGUUUCGUAGAUCUGAUUGUUCAAAAUUAGAACGUAAAAAGUUAAUUUUAAAAACACAUAAUAUAUUAAAAAAUAAUUAUAAUAGAAUAAUACUUACACAUGAUAUGUCUCGAAUUAUUCAGUGGAUACUUAAAUAUUGCGAUACAAAGAUUCGACAAGCUAUUUUUCAAGAAUUAAAACCAUCAAUUUCGUCUAUGAUUAAAUCAAAAUAUGCAAAAAAUUGUAUUAAAACAAUGUUAAAAUAUGGAUCUCAGCAGAUUAGACAUGAAAUUAUUUCUGUUUUUUAUGGUAAUGUAAUAAGAUUCAUGUGUCAUUCUGUAUCUGCAUCAUUAUUAGAACUCAUUUAUUCAACAUGGGCAACAGAAAUAGAAAAAAUAUAUUUUAAACAGGAAUUUUAUGGUGAUAUGUAUAAACAAGCUAAAGAUAAAGAAAUUAAAACAGUAUCUGAUACAUAUAAAAUUGCAGGAGAUAUGAAAACAGCAACAUUAUCUGCAGUAAAAGGAAAUUUAAUGAAAAUAUUAAAUAAGAAAUUUUUAAAUUCCACUUUAUUGCAUUGUGUUCUUUUAGAAUUCUUAAAUGAUUGUUCUAUUGAAGAUAGAACAGAAGUGAUAACUAUGUUAAAAAAUUCAAUAGUGGAAUUAUCUCAAACAAAAUUUGGUUCAAAAGUUGCUGCAAUAUGUAUAUGGCAUGGUACAAAUAAAGAUAGAAAAAUUAUUAUGAAAGCUUUAAAAGGGAAUAUAAAAACUAUUUCGAUGUCUGAACAUGGAUAUUUAAUACUAUUAGCAUUAUUUGAUUCAGUAGAUGAUACUGUUUUAAUCAAAAAAAUUAUAUUCUCAGAAAUACAAAAUGAUUUGAUAGAUAUAGCAUUAAAUGAUUACGGAAAGCAUGUAAUUUUAUAUUUAAUAGCUAGAAGAAAUUCCCAUUAUUUUGCUCCCAGUAUAGUAAAAUAUUUGGAGCAAGGAGAUAACAAUACAAUAAGUAAAAAACCAGCUAAUAUAAGAGAAAAAGAACUUUUAUAUUCAAUUUCUGAUUCACUUCUAGAAUCUGUAAUUACAAAUACCUCAAUUUGGAUGUCUAAUAGUUCUAUUGCAAUGGUAACAUUAGCAAUAUUGAAAAUAGGUAUUGGAGAAAAAUUAAAAAAAGCCUUUGAAGCUGUUGCUAUAUUUAUUUCAGACUCAAAAUCAAAAAUCAAAGAAGGAGAUGAAGAAUAUAAACCAAUUGAACAUACAGGUUUACAUAUGAUGCUAAAAAAACUUAUACAAAAUGAUAAAGAAUUACAAAAAAAAAAUGAAUGUACAUUUGGAGAAAUAUUAAUUAAUUAUUUAAAAACAAAUAUUGUAGAAAAAUGGAUAGAAUGCAAUAGAGGAUGUUUUUUAUUAAUAUUAUUACUAGAAAAUGAAACAAUAUCUGUUGUAAAUAUUCUACUUUUUAAAUUAAAACCAAUGAUAAAUAUUUUGAAAUCAAAACAAAAUCCAGGUGCUAAAAUUUUAUUAGAAAAAUUAAAAUAA